UUGGCUCGUGCAGUGCGCUGGGCCGCCGUGGCGCCUUGCCGAGCAACGCCCCGGCCGCCGCGCGGCCCGCGCCCGUCGCGGCCCCAUGGCCGAGGACGAGCUCCCGGGCACGGACCCGGUGGGCCCGGACGAUCCGCUCCGGCCCUUCGUCGACGCCGAGCGGCAGUUCGUCCAGUUCCAGGCGGCCGGCGACCACGAGUCGGCGGUGCGCUGCCUGGAGAGCGUGCUGCGGGCGGAGCAGGCUACCGUACAGCAGAUGCAGGACACGGUGCUUUCCACCCUCUUCGAGCGCCUGGCCGUGGGGUACAACACUCUUGGCAUGAAGCACCUUAAGGACGGUCAGACAGACGUAUCCUGCAGAUUCUUCGAGAAGGCAGAGGCGCUGACAGACCCAGCGAACCUGCACAUGAAUCCAGAAUCGCGGUUGGUUCUCCGAGCGGUCACGUACAACAAUCUGGGCUGCUUCUACAAAAGCAUGAGCAAGCUGCACACGGCGCUGCAGUACCUCAGGAAGGCGCAGAAGAUCGAGGAGAGGUCCAGCGGCAAGUGCCAGAACCCCGCAGGCACGCACCUCAACCUCUGCGCCCUGCUCUCCCAGAUGGGCAAGCACACCGAGGCGCUCGCGCACGCGCAGCGCGCGCUGGCGCUGCUCAAGGAGAACCCGCCGAUGCCUGCCAGCGAGAUGCCGGCGGGAUCCAGCAGCACGAGCCUCGCCUGUGUGG